AUGCUCCUGCGUUCGAACACCUUGUUGCCUUGUCAACAAGGCCUUACCGUGUGGUUAUGCCCAGACCGCGGUACUGGGGAACCUGUCGCUAUCAAGACCGACGGCAUCGCUACCUACGGCUACAUCAAGAAAGACGACAUCAAUCUGAUGGGAAUGGGCUCUCACGGAUGGCCCAGCGGACGCAUCAACUCGACCUCUCCUUCAGGAGCCCGCUUCCGCGUCUACGCAUCAACACGCGAAGUCAAUCAUCUGUUUAUCCAAGGUCCACGAUUAUCGAGCGAGACAGCAAGCCCUCUCGCCUACCGACUCGCGGACCGGUCUCACCUCUUCACCCCGGAAGUGAGAAGGCAUACGGUGGCUCAAGUGGCUCAGGUGGCGCUGAGCGCAGAGUCGCAUCCGGCCCUGCGAUCGCCUCCUCAUGUCUGUGAUCGCGAUCGCAAUCGCAAUCGGCAACCCGAUUCCAAAUUCGCAUUACUGGGGCCAGGGGAGAACAAAAAGCAACACUCCCUUCUUCAGCUUUCGCUCUUUCCCUUAAGCACUCCCGCUUCGCCUGCCGAGGACCACGAAAAAGCAAAUCGCAAAGCACGCCCGCCCGGUUCACCCGUGUCGGGAUGUGAGGCCCAUGCUCCCGUGCGCCCGCUGCGUUCGAGGGGCGCUCGGGGCUGCAUCAGAAAGGGUAUAGGGAAGUGCGAUGUCGGUGUGUUGUGCGCUGCUGCCGCCGCCAUUUAG